CGGGCGGGGGCGGCCUGGCUGCGGCCGGCGACUCCUCCGGAGCGAUCCGGGCACGGAGCCGCGUCCUGUGGCGGGGCUCGGGCCGCCCCUCCCGCGGCCCCCGCUCGCCUGGCCGCGUGGAUCCCUGCUCCGGCCAGGCCCAGCGGCUGCCCCCGGCUCCCCGCAGGGCGCUGCGCAGCCGGGCUCGGCCCUGUCCCCGGCGCCGGGGCGCGGCGGGCCCGGUUCUGGGCAGGGGCCCGGGCCGCGCUGUGCGCCGGCAGCCCGGAGCCCCCCGGACGGCGGCGCGGAGCGAGGCCUGGCCCCGGGAACCGGGGGAGUUUUAAAAAGGGGGAAAUACGUGGGCCCGGCGCCCCGACAGAUCUAAACCGGGUCAGGAGCGGACGCGCCAGGGCCCGGGCCCGCGGAGGGCGGUUCGGUGCCCUCGGACGGGGCCUGGGAGACGGGGCCGCUGCCCACAAACUGCCCGCUGCCAGCCGGCCCGCGCCUCUCGCUGCAGGGGCGAAGGGCCCUUCCUUUUCGGAUUUGAUUUGAUUUUACUGGGAAUUUAUCAGUGUUUAUUACCACAACGACAAGAACGGGUGAAAAUCAGGGCAAAAAACUAUUAAUACUAAUUGGGGGUUCUCUUUGCUCCUCAGCCUCAGUGAAGCAAUGCUUCGGCUCCGGCUGUUAACAUGGGACGUGAAGGACACGCUGCUCCGGCUCCGGCACCCAGUAGGAGAGAAUUACUCUGCUGCGGCCCAAGUUCACAAAGUCCAUGUGCAGCCUGAGGCUCUCAAUAAGUCUUUCCAUCAGGCAUACAAAGCCCAGAGUAAGCACUUCCCCAACUAUGGCCUGAGCCAGGGGCUAAGCUCCAAGCAGUGGUGGGUGGAUGUUGUCAAACAGACCUUCAGACUCGCUGGUGUCCAUGAAGACAGGCUUCUCACCACCAUUUCGGAAAGCCUCUAUCAGGAGUUCUGCAGUGCACAGAACUGGGAGUUGUUACCAGGUGCCAGGGAGACUCUGAGGCAGUGCCAUCAGCUGGGCAUCCGUAUGGCUGUAAUCUCCAACUUUGACAAGAGGCUGGAGAAGAUUCUGUCUCACUGCAACCUCAGGCACCAUUUUGAAUUUGUCUUGACCUCGGAGGAGGCUGGCUUUGCCAAGCCAGACCAGCGGAUCUUUCAGAAGGCGCUGCACAUCUCUGGGGUAGCUCCCCAGCAGGCGGCUCACGUGGGGGACAAUUAUGUGAAGGAUUAUAGGGCAGCCAGAGAUGUGGGCAUGCAUAGCUUCCUGCUCACGAGGGCUGGGCGUGCAAACCCUUGGGAGCUAGAGGUACCCAAGCAGCACAUCCUGCCUUCACUUACCCACUUGCUGUCUGUUAUCGAGAAGGGUUAAGGGUGAAUCCCUCGCCUCUCUGCAGAGAUCGCCAGGGACAAAGCAGAUUCCUUACACCAUGUCACUAAAAAGAAGGAUCAGUUCUGCUGCAGGGGUGAGGAGGAGAGGGGAGAAGAUUUGGUUCUCCACCAGGGAAUCAGGUUCUAAAGGGUAUCUGCAUAUCCUAUAGAGAGGGGGCAAAAGCAAACCCCUCUGAACUCAGUGAGAAGUACUUGCUAGCACCAUCCACAACCACGCAUUAGUCAUCCAAUAUAAUAAACUGCUACAGAUACUCAGCA